UUAAUGAAGCAGUGCGGAGGGCUUUAAACAAAGAAAAAAAAAAAAAUAAACCAAGAUAUUUCCCUCGAAUGGAUCGUCGAUAUGGUGGAUAUUUGCCAGGAUACCAAACACCGACAUACCCACCAGCAGCGACGUAUCCAGCGGUGCCGGCGUAUCCAGCGGCGCCGGCUUAUCCAGCGGCGCCGGCGUAUCCAGCGGCGCCGGCGUAUCCAGCGGCGCCGGCGUAUCCAGCGGCGCCGGCGUAUCCAGCGGCGCCGGCGUAUCCAGCGGCGCCGGCGUUUCCAGCGGCGCCGGCGUAUCCAGCGGCGCCGGCGUAUCCAGCGGCGCCGGCGUAUCCAGCGGCACCGGCGUAUCCAGCGGCACCGGCAUAUCCAGCGGCGUCUAGCUACGCAGCGGCGCCGGGAUAUAUGCCACCAGGAUAUAAUUGUC